CCGGCCCUAGCUGCUGGUAUUUCUUAUGGCAGAGCCAAAGGGUCAAGGCCAGGCAGGAGUGGGCCUUGUGGUGGACGCAGGUGCCCUGUGGAGUUGAUUGCUGUAAUGUAUUAGUGCUCCCAGAAUAGCUUCCCAUGAAAUGGAUUGACUUUUCAUGGUUUUCUGUGAGUUACUUUCUCCUGAGUAUUAAGACAUUAUUUCCUGCCUCCUUCCCUCUGCCUGAAGUUGAAUGCAGCCUUUUUUCACUUGCCAGCAUUAGUAUUCCACUUAAUAGAUUUGUUAGGAAUAAUAGAGUAAAAAUUGAGUAUGUUUUUUACAGUCUUAUGUUUAGAGUACAUUUGCUGUAUGCUUUCUGUUCUGUCAAGGAGCCUCAUGCAAAUGCAGAUUAAAGUGGUGUCCCUUUAAAGUUAUAGAGUAAAAUUAGUAUUAAUGCUCACACCUGUAGGAAAGAGAUGAGAGCAAACCAAACCAGGAGGCAAAGAGGAUAAAAGGCAGCAGCAUGGCCUAGGAAGGCGAGUGUUGGGUUUCUUAGGAUAGGAUGGGAGUUGAGGGGUAAAGGUGAAAAUGGAGUUUCUGUGGUGUGAACAGAGGAUUGCAAAGGUUUCUUUAGUUGAGAUUCUGAGGUGUUUUGAACAUCCUUUGAGUGAGGAGCAAGCCUGGGCUGUCUGCUUUCAAUGUUGCUGUAAAAUGAAGCAGUUGGCCCAAGGGCUGUGUCCACCUCUCCAUUCUGUAUUCAUAAAUGGUCCUGAAAGUAUCUUUAUCCAUGCUGAUGGUACUGCUUCUUUCAUGGUGUACCAUGAGUCCGAUGUUGGCAGCAUUCAACAGUCAGAGGACAAGCUGUUGGAGUACUUGGGAAUGGUGAUCUAUGAAGCCCUGGACUGGGGAAUCAGUGACCAAGUGGAGCGAGAACUGAGUGAUCCUUUGGAGAAACUGCUGUACCUCAUGUUGAAAUUGGAUGAGGGGGCAAUGAAACCAGCAGUCACCCUGCAGGAUGUUAUCAAGGCCUGUGAGGAGCACUUGUCCAGGUCUUCUGAGGCUACCAGCCAUUACCAAAUUACCUGUAGGAGACUGUUUACCGGGUAUAUGGAACUUAAGAAGCUUAUAACUGUCAUCCAGACCUCCAAAGAGAGUCUGAGAAAAAUGGAUGUGGAAGGUAUGGUGGAAAAGUCCCUUCAGAAGAAGGACAAACACUGGGCAUUCUUGUGGCCCACUGUUGUUCGCGAGCUGCAGAAUGGUGUGAAGCUGCGUAAAGCUACUGAGCGACCACAGCAUCGCUUGCCUCCAGCAGAACGUAUCCGUUCUCCCUAUGAAUUACUUUUGGAUGAUAUUCAGUGCAAGAGGUUCACCCUUCGGAAGGUGAUUGAGCAGAAACACAGGACCCCCAAAGCUGAUGUAGCUGUCCCCAGGCCUCAUCUGAAACCUGUGCUGGAGAGGAAGCUGAAAGAGCAUAUGCCACAGGAGUCCAACUGGCAUGAACAGCUCAUGGUGAAAGUAAAACAACUGCAGAAGCUUCAGUCAUCAGCAGCAAGGGAAAAUGGGAGCAGGUCCAAAGAAACGCUUGUGACACUAAGUACUGCCUUGAAAUCUCCGAGCAAUAGUUUCCAGACUCUCCAGGAUGACAGUACAGCGUUUAAAAUUGUCGACACUACAAGACAGCAGCUGGGACCAGGAUUUCAGGAAAACACUCUGAACCUGCCCUCCUGCUCCUGGCUUGCCUCAACUAGGUCAGCAGUAGUAUCCAGCAACAGUGCAGGUCUUGCUGCAAGUUGCACAGGUCCUCCUGUGAGUGCACCCACACUAGCAGACGUUAAACGUAAUCGCUUUCUGAAUGCUGGCCAAAUGCAGCUGCCUCCUUACAGAGGAAGGUCCAAAUCUGUAGAGAGAGGCCUUCAAAGCAACAAGCUUGACUCUCCUACAAAGUGGCCAACACCUACCAUUGCUGAGCUGAUGGGAACCAGAUAUGCAGUGAUGGUGCUGGAAGGGCAAGGCUUCCUCCAAGGAGGUAGUGAUGGCAUCUUUCCAAAAGCAAAGAUCUGUUUCAGCUGCCAUAAGCAGAUGUUCCUUAAGUGGCCUUACAGCUGUUACCUCUGCAGCAGUGUUGUCUGCUGUGACUGCUGCAUCAAGAUGUCCAUGCCCUUCAGAACAUGUGUACAUCUCCCACUUCACUUUCUGAAACUUCUGAGACUCUCCAGAGAGGAGGACCCAGCUACUCAAGAGCAGAAGAGCUUAGAGCUGCUGCAUGAAAUAGAGCACUGGGAGUAUUCUGGUGUACCUGUUACUUUGGAACCCCAUUGCCUAGCACGGCCUCUGUGCUGUUACACAGGGCCUGUGGCAGACUGGCUGACUGCAGACAUCUGUAGACAAUGUGAGCAGUAUCUGCUGAACAUGGCUUCCAGUCAACAGCAGAGCAUCCCUCUCAGGAGAGCUUCCUGUCCUUGAACCAAAUUGGAAUGACUCUACUAUACGUUUGUCCUGUCACUUGUUCUGUACCUGAAGUAAAUGCAAUGGCUUCAUGCACCCACAGACAUAAAGGCCUGGAUACAAGACCUCCCUGCUGGUUAGUCUAAGUGGGAAGUGCAAUUGGUAUAUAUGUAUUGUGAAGUAUGAUAAAGCUUUGUGGCUUUUAGAAUUGUUUUAAUUCUUUUUGUGUUUUUGAGGAAAAUAAAAGUUGAAGCACUGUCAUGCCUCUAGC